AUGGAUCGUGCUCCACCAAAUCGUGCAUGGAUGUACGAUAGGUGUCAUAGAGGAAGAGGUGCUUUGAAAGAGUCUUUUGUAUUAGGUGUUGAAGAGUUUAUAACUAAAGCUUGUGAAAAAGAACGUUAUCGCAGAGAUAGGGGUCUUCGAUGUCCAUGUUUAAAGUGCGAUUGUACAAAGAUUCUGAACGAAAGAGUUGUCAAGGUUCACCUUUACAAGGUGGGUUUCAAGCCUAAAUAUUUCAUUUGGGAGGAUCAUAGGAAAAGAAUUCUAGAAGAUGAUGUAGAGAAUCAUGAAAGUUGGAUGGGUGUUGAGACGAAAGGUGAUCCAAUUAACCAAUUUAUGACAAUGGAAGACAUGGUGCAUGAUGCUCUUAGGCAAAAUGAGUCGUGCCAAGCAACUACUUCUAAAAAAAUUGAAGAGGCUUCGAAUGAAGAUACACAAAGGUUUUAUAAUAUUUUGUUGGAUGCAAACCAACCGUUGUAUGAAGGAGCAUCAGACUCGAAAUUAUCAAUGUGUGUCAGGCUAUUAGCUUGCAAGUCAAAUUGGAAUAUCCCUAACCAAUGCUUAGAUUUUAUUGCAAAAAUGGUUAUGGAUGGAACACCCAUCAAAUCAAGUUUGCCUAAAACAUACUACGAUGCAAAAAAGUGUGUAUCAAAGUUGGGAUUACAAUCGCAGAGGAUUGAUUGUUGCGUGGAUGGUUGCAUGUUGUUCUAUGAUAAUGAAUAUGGUAAGAAUGAUGGGGCGUUGCUUGAAUGCAAAUUUUGUGGAAAGCCAAUAUAUCAACCACGUAACACGGGAGCAACAACUACAAAAGAAGUUCCUGUGAAAUCAAUGUUCUAUUUGCCAUUAAUUCCUAGACUACAAAGAAUGUAUGCCUCAACACAAACUGCAGGACAUAUGACAUGGCACUAUCAGAAUAGGUCAACGAAUGGUGUUUUGCGUCAUCCAUGUGAUGGAGAGGCUUGGAAGCACUUUGAUAGUGUAUAUCCUGACUUUGGUAUCGAGCCACACAAUGUACAACUCAGUUUAUGCUCUGACGAUUUUAACCCAUAUGUACAGGCAUCAAAUAUACCAUAUUCAUGUUGGCCAAUUAUUGUCACCCGUUACAAUCUUCCUCCAGAAAUAUGCAUGUCUAAACCUUACAUGUUCUUGACAUGUCUCAUUCCCGGGCCAUUCAAUCCAAAGGUUGGCAUAGAUGUUUAUUUAGAGCCCUUGAUAGACGAAUUGAAGAAGUUGUGGACGG